GAUGUUUUUAUUCCGGUCCCUUGCGCGAGCGCAUCACUCGUACGUUCGCUACCAAGGCCCACGGGCGCAUAUCUAUCGAAUAUUUUUUUAUUAAUAAACACUAAUAAUGUAUAAAUCGAUUGUAAUUGUGUGUGCAUUGUAUUUAGUGGUUACGGAGGCCCGUCCCAAAUGGCAGUAUCUCCCCGAAGUGCCCGGUUACGUCCCCGUAUACAUUCGAAAUGGGGACACACCGCUUGAAGACAUCAACCCCGAACUAGCUGAGGCUUUCCACGCGCCCGCCGGCAGAAGCGCGGGAAAACAGAUCGAAGCCGUCCCAGACAUUCCAGAACUAAACGACAAACCACAACCAACCCCAGACGCACCAAACACAAUCGACAAACGCCCAUACGAGAAAGUUGUAGAAAAAAAGAAAAAAGCCACCUUUGAAAUCCCCAAACCCAUUGAACAUUAGUGAGAUUCGUACUUAUUUAGCUUUAGGUUAUACGGCUUGAACGCAGAGCUUGCCAACUUUUGUUAUUUAUUUAUUGUAUUGAAUACGCUAUGUGAUUAUGUAUUCUAUUGUGAUUACAAGAAUAAAUAUAAUUUAUUUUU